AUGUCGAAAUCGUUGGAGCUCCCUUGGGUCGAAAAGUAUAGACCGCAUGUGUUGGAUGAUAUCGUAGGGAAUGAGGAAACUAUUGAGCGUUUAAAGAUUAUCGUACAGGAUGGAAACAUGCCCAAUAUGAUUAUUAGUGGACUACCUGGUAUCGGGAAAACCACGUCUAUUCACUGCUUGGCGUUCGAGUUAUUGGGUAAAGAGCACUACCACCAAGCUACAUUAGAGCUCAAUGCUUCGGAUGACAGAGGUAUUGAUGUUGUGAGGAACAAGAUCAAGCAGUUUGCGCAGACCAAGAUUCUGCUCCCACCAGGAAGGACAAAGAUUAUUAUUUUGGAUGAAGCAGACUCUAUGACCCCCGGUGCUCAACAGGCAUUGAGGAGAACCAUGGAAAUUUAUUCAAACACUACAAGAUUUGCAUUCGCAUGCAACCAAUCACUGAAGAUCAUUGAACCGCUACAAUCGCGUUGUGCUAUUUUGAGGUAUAAUAAAUUAUCAGACGAGGAGGUGUUGAAGAGACUAUUGGACAUCAUUAAAUCAGAGAAUGUGCAGUACAACAACGAGGGAUUGCAGGCGCUAAUCUUCAGCGCAGAAGGAGAUAUGAGGCAAGCGAUCAAUAACAUGCAGAGUACGGUUGCUGGGUUUGGCUUUGUCAAUGAUGUCAAUGUGUUCAAGAUUGUUGACCAGCCACAUCCGCUUGUGAUUCGAAACAUUUUAUCAAAUUGUUUGCAGGGUGAUGUUGAUAAAGCACUAGGUUUGCUAGAUGGUCUUUGGCAUAAAGGGUAUUCUGCUAUUGAUAUAGUGACGCUGACGUUCAAAGUGGCAAAGACCAUCCCCAAUGUUGAUGAACUGAAGCGUUUAAACAUGAUUAAAGAGAUUGGAUUUGCCCAUAUGAGAGUUUUGGAAGGUGUCGGAAGUUAUCUACAACUUUGUGGGAUGUAUGCAAAGAUAUGCGAUUUAUGA